AUGGAAUCUCAAAUAAAUUCUGUGGAAGUGCCAAUAUUUUGGCCAUCCCUUGAACAGUUUGCCAAUUUCGGAAACUUUAUAAAAUGGCUAGAAGCGCAAGAUCUGUCCUUCGCAAAAGUCAUUCCACCACCAGAAUGGGAACCAAAGUCGAAAAUAAUUCCUGGUGAAUUCAUGUUGGAGAAUGUAUAUUCUCAACGUCACGACAAACUGCAACACGGUGGAUACGAGAUUAUUAACACUAAAUUGGACCCAAUGACUUAUAGUCACUACGUUCAAUUGGCAACUGCAAAUGAAUGUGAAAUAAACGAAGACAAAUUUUGGGAAAAUGUGGCCUCCAAAUCUUCUUCAAAUCUGUACGCCAUAGACAACGACAUCAGUCUAUUUGGGGAUGACGUUUCGCUGUGGAAUUUAAGUAAAUUAACGAAAACCCAUUCCAAUAUACAUGGCACAAACACUACAAUGAAUAUCGCAGAAGGAAUUCAAAGACCAUUUUCGUACUUUGCUGUUGGAUCGUCUUGUUUUGGUGCUCAUAUUGAAGACGGAAAUUUAAACUCAAUAAAUAUUUUGCACAGAGGAGCACCAAAACUGUGGUACUUCAUUCGCCAGGACCAAAACAAGAAAUUUGAACAAUUGACGAAAAAAAUGUCCAAAAAUAUCGACUGUGAUCUCUAUGUGCGCCAUAAAACUAUACUCCCGUCACCAUCAGUUCUUGAUGCGCAGAAAAUUGGAUUCUCUCGAGUCCUUCAAAAUGCGGGUGAAAUAAUAAUUUCAUUCAGUGGAGGCUACCAUUUUGGGUUCAGUUUGGGGACCAAUGAGGCAGAGUCUGUGAAUUUCGGCUCAGAAAGGUGGUUGCGAUUUUUGAUGACUUCAAAAUAUGCACAUGCUCCUACUCGGGAGAUGAACAACACAUUAACCUCAGAUGGCUCUCCCGAAUCGUCGAUGAUAUCCGUUCGCAGUUUCCCUGUAAGAUAUGUGAAACCAAUUAUGAUUCGGAGUCUGCAUUAAGAAUGCAUAAUAGUUUGAUCCACGCACCAAAAUUGAAC